AUGCAGAGUCCGUAUCUUUCCAAUCCAAUCUUGCUCCGUGAUGUGUUUGAUUACAUCUACAUGAUCAACAAUCAGGAGGAGGAGGAGUCUUUCCGGAUGGAUCAAUUCGACUGGGUCUUGCCGUCGUGUCAACACCAAGCCGGAUUUCGCCCGAAAGAAAUCUCAAACUUUCAUGGACUUCAAUCGAUCUAUCAUCUACCAACUUCCAAUUUAAAACGCAAAAGAAUGAGCGAAUCUGGCGGCACCGAUGGAUCAGAGCCUGAAAUGAAUGGUUCUAGCUCAGGUGACGAUCAUUCCUCUACUUUGGACCAUGCACUCUUGGAGAGUCUCUUCUACAACGAAAUGAUGAUGCUUAGUGCCAGUUCACCUUCAUCAUCAAAUAUGAUGGCCCAGCAGCUCCACGAGGCAACUUCGGUCACUUCAUCAAGAGAAUCGACUAUGUCACCUUUGGCUGAUGCAACCACACUUGCUGAGCAACAAAUGUUGCAAGACUUCGGUGUGACAGCAUCGCCAGUAAUGCUUCAGUCACCACCACGGGGAAAAGCACCGGUCUUCACAACUCCAGCGGCAGCCGCUGCCGUUCAUGGAGUACCCGUUGAUUUACAAGCCCCAGUUUCUGAUCAAGUAUCGUCGUCCCUACGACCACCAUACUUGUCACACAAUGCAGCAUCACAUUUGGAGCCUUUGCACCCUUCUGCGCCUUCAUCAGCAACCCAACCUUUGCAACCCAAACCAUCUCAUGCAUUUCUUCCGACAUCAGCUUUGUCUUCCGACCCACCUGUAUCAGAGGAACGUGCGAAGCAGCUUGUAGAUCAAUUCGCAACAUUGGCAUCUCGCUUGGGAAUAGAGCUUCCAAACCAGAUUUUGCAGCAAUUGACUACAGCAGCUGUGGAAAACGGCUCUUCAGUCUCGGCAUCAAUGAGCAACUUAUCAGAUCAAAUCGUUGGGGCACAAGCAGCUGUAGCAGAAGCUGAAAACGAAAACCCUGGAACGCCAAGAGCUGAUACAAUUGAUAGUCUUCGUUUGACAGCGGAGGAAGCAAUUACAACAGUGACCAAAAAGCGUUCUCCUGGAGGAGAAUCCCCAACUAAUUCUUCUGCCAAUGCAAACGGCAACAAGCCGCUUUAUAGCAAAAGGCGCAAGAAACCGCGGUUGUCAGAUUGUGAAUCCAAGUUGGCUCAAUUGAAGGCUGAAAACGAAAUGUUAAAACGUCAUUUGCAAAAUGUUUCCAACAAAGCACAUCAGAUCGAGCAUGGCAAAGAAGAAUCUGCUACCCGUGUGAAACAACUUCUCGACAGCAAUGCGGAGGCCGAUGAAAUGGAAAGCGUUGUGAAGGAUAUGACUGAUACGUACUCUGAUUAUGGGUCUAAUCGACAGCAGGAGCUGAGCUUUCAUCUCGAGCAGCUGUCAAGACUUGUUGUUCCUACAAAUUUUACAAAACUUGGGCUGUGGACUCUGGGACACAGUAGUUCGAAUCCAAAGAAUCCAAUUGCUGGGAUUCUACAGAAAGAGCUCGACAUCAACCCACAGCAGGCAAGGAGGAUUUUCGAGCAGAGCGAAAGAAUCAAGGCCCUUUGUGAUAACCUGAAAGAAAGUCUUGCGUUGCUAGCAAAGUUGAAGUCAAUCUGUGAACAGAAAACUCAAAUGUUCCGUGAUCGAAUGGCGAAAUGCAAAGAAAUUUUGAAUACAAAGCAGACUGUGAAGCUGAUCAUUUGGAUCAACGAGCAUUACCAGUUACUUGAGACUGUUUGUCCGGGAUGGGGAACUGAACAUAUUCAUUAG